UCUAAUGGUAUUGAAUAGUGGCUGUAAAACAUUGCUUGUCGAUGCUACCUUUGUCCCAGGUCAGGAUAAGUGCUUUGCUCUAUCAGGAUCAGGUGCAUUUGUGCCUCAACUCAGAGCUAUUGAUUUGGUCACGGAGUGUGCUCGCUAAAUCUUUUCUGUGUUUAUGUGCAGAAGCAUGGCUCGUAAGGCCGUUUGUUGUGGUCUCGGUAGCCUGGAGCUGCUGCUUAUGGUUCUGUUCCUGCUAAUGACUGGAAUAUCAGUGGGACUCAUCACAGUCUUAGCCGUCAACCUCAACUCUCAAACACAGGAGCCAGAGGAAACUGUUCCUUCAGCAAAGCCUCCAGAGAACCCCUUUCUGAUUGGCGUGGGACGAGCAGAUUGCACAGGACCAGUGGGAGAUAUACCCCUGAUGGGCUAUGCCAACUCGGAUCAGACAGCAGGAGGGAUCCACACUCGUUUGUUCAGCAGGGCUUUCAUUGUGGAUGAUGGCAGCAAGAGGGUGGUCUUCGUGAGUGCAGAAAUAGGCAUGGUCUCCCAAAGGCUGAGACUUGAGGUGCUGAAGGAGCUUGAGCUGAAAUAUGGAGAUCUCUACAGGCAAGACAACGUGAUUCUGAGUGGAACGCACACACAUUCUGGCCUGGCAGGAUAUUUCCAGUACACUCUGUUCAUGAUCACCAGUAAAGGCUAUAUCAAGUCAUCUAUCCAGCCCAUUGUCAAUGGAAUUGUGAAGAGUAUUGAUGUGGCACAUAAUAAUAUGAGGCCUGGGAGAAUCUUUCUGAACAAAGGAGAAAUUGUGGGCAGCAACCUCAACAGAAGCCCACAUUCAUACAUGAACAACCCUAAAGAGGAGAGGGAAAGAUACAAAUCCAAUACAGAUGAGCAGAUUGUGACCCUGAAGUUUACAGAUUUGGAUGGGGAUGGAAUGGGGAUUUUCAGCUGGUUUGCUGUUCAUCCAGUCAGUAUGAAUUAUACCAAUCGCAUGGUGAGCUCAGACAACCUUGGCUACGCUUCCUAUCUGUUUGAGCAAGAGAAAAACAUUGGCUCGUUACCUGGUGAGGGUCCAUUUGUAGCAGCAUUUGCCACCAGCAACAGUGGAGAUGUAUCUCCCAACACUCGUGGCCCAUACUGUGUUAACACAGGAGACAAAUGUGACUACCUCAACAGCUCCUGUCCCAUUGGUGGGACUAAAAUGUGUGUUGCUUUUGGGCCGGGGGAUGACAUGUUUGAAAGCACCAGAAUUAUAGGAGAGAAUAUCUACAGAAAGGCGAAGGAGCUGUAUGGCAGUGCUGAGAAGGAGCUGCAUGGCAGUGUCCACGCUGCUCAUCAGUGGGUCAACAUGACAGACGUCACUGUCCAGCUUAACUCCACCCACAGUGUUAAGACAUGUAAACCUGCACUUGGCCACAGCUUUGCUGCAGGAACAAUAGACGGAGGAGGAGAUCUUAACUUCACACAAGGGGCAGUUGAAGGAGAUCCGUUUUGGGAUGGUAUUAGGGACACUCUCUUCGGAACUCCCUCCACAGAGAUUCAAGACUGUCAGAACCCCAAACCGAUUCUCUUCAGUACUGGUGAGAUGAAUUGGCCUUUCCCGUGGCACCCAGCCAUAGUGGACGUUCAGAUUAUCACCAUCGGUUCGGUGGCCAUAGUGGCAGUCCCAGGAGAGGCGACCACUAUGUCUGGGAGAAGGAUCAGAGAGGCUGUCAAACAGGAGCUGGAGAUGCAUAAUACAUUCACCAACACAGAAGUUGUCGUUACUGGUCUCUGCAACGUCUACACACAUUACAUUACUACCUUUGAGGAGUACCAGGUGCAGCGAUAUGAAGGUGCUUCCACUAUCUAUGGGCCUCACACUCUGUCAGCCUACAUCCAGCACUUCAGAGGCCUGGCCAAAGCCAUCGUAGAGGGUAAAGUGGGGGAGUUGCCGAAAGGUCCUGAGCCUCCUUUUUUCAGUAAUGUCUUCUCUCUACUGGCAGAGCCACCGGUGGAUAAAGUGCCAGAAAACACCACCUUCGGCCAAGUUUUAGAGCAGGUCGAUUCACUGUAUAAAGUGGGAGAGGUUGUGUCCGUGACUUUUGUUGCUGGUAAUCCCAGAAACUCUGGGGACAUGAGAGGCAAGACCUUCAUCACAGUGGAAAAGUUUCACAACAGCACUGACACAUGGGAGGUCAUUCAUACAGAUGCAUCGUGGGAGACAAGAUUUCACUGGAUUAAAGGGUCUGGUGGGCAGAGCAACGCCACAGUGGAGUGGCACAUCCCUCUCUCAGCAGAGUCCGGCACUUACAGGAUCCGACACUUCGGCCACUAUAAACAGCGCGUGAUUAUUACCCCUGUAAUCACCGCAUAUGAGGGAGCUUCAGAUGUAUUCCAAGUUACGAAAACACUCUAUUCCCACUAAUGUGCCUUCCCCUUUAACUGUCUGUUCCUUCUAACACUCUUUGACAUUCUGCCUAUUCAUUUUAACAUUAAACUCUGUUCCCUCUGAA